AUGCACCACUUUGCUCCAGUGAGGAGCGACGCGUCACUAGCACUUUCCUCGACAGUCUUCCGAUUGUUUUGUUUAGAGCACACCUUGAAGGCGUUGGAUGAAAAGGAGAAAGUGUCUGAAGCACCAGAGCCUACUACUGAAGUUAUUUUCCUUUGCAGCUAUGAAGGCUGUGGACAGACGUUUAUUGAUGCUGGUGCUUUGAGAAAGCAUUCACACAUUCACGGAGAGAGACAAUAUAUUUGUCACUAUGAGGGUUGUGGGAAGUGUUUCAUUGGUGUUACCCCGCCUGUAGAGAAGAUAAUUAAAACACCGAAGUCUUCUGAUCGCCCUUAUGCCCGCCCUUACGAAGGUUGGGAGAAAGCUUACAUACAUGAAUACAAACUAAAACUCCAUUUAAGGAGAGAGCAUCCGGGUCAUAUGUCAGAUGAGAAUGCCGAGAACGCCGCACCUAAUGCCGAUAAUGAGAUGUAUGAAGGCAGCGAUCAUGAUGCUUAUGCUGGAAAGCGAGUUAACGGAAGAAGUCAGAAGCAGAGUAGGGCCAAGCCAAACGUGAAGAUGCCCCCUGCAAAGAUUGCAAGGCAGAAAGUCUCGAGCCCUUCCCCUGCCACUUUGCCUAUACCCAAAAAACAAUGGCCAGUCAAAGAACAAGUAUUCGAGGAAGAGGAUAGCGAAGAAACGGAAGAAGACCGCGACAAUGUAGAGGAUGGAUGGAAGUAUAGGGAAACCAAUGAAGAGGAUGACGAAGAGACGGAAUACGAGGACUAGAGCAGACUUUCAUACUACUGAAUAAAUGUGGUGUUGGGUAUUUAGCAUCCGUUCC